GUGUUUUGUCGCUAUACCCGCUCAUGUUUACUGCUUGGAUUAGCGCUGACAUGGAUGGCAGGCGAGCGGGCGACAUUUGCGGCGUGCUUGGGCAAGGUGGGCAAAAAAGGGCGAUCUGUCUGGCGUCAUGUCAGGAAGCGACUGCUGGUAGUGGUCAACACUUUUAGCCCCAAUGGAGCUGCAUCUGCUGCCAUUAGCUGUGCUGCUUGCACCGGUGUUAAUGUCAUUGUUAUGGUCGUCGUUGAGAAUGCUGACGCAGUGGCCAUUGGCUGUUCUGAUUGA